CGCAACGGUUGGGUUUAUCUCCAACUCUUUUUAUUAUCUAAUGGAAAGUUUUUGGCUAUAAUCAAGUGAAAAUUAACCAAUCGAUAUCCCAAUAAAGUGAAUUUAAUUCAAUAAAUGAUCAAAAUAAAAAUAUAUUUUUGUUUUAAUGUUAAAAAUAACAUAAAACAUGCAAGCUGACAAACUGCCAACGAAUCCUCGCCAGUCUGCGGGGAUUUUCUCCACCCUUAUGUUCUGCUUCGCGUUGCCCAUUCUUUUUAAGGGUAGAAAAAAGACCCUGGAGCCGACUGAUCUUUAUACGACCUUAAAGGGUCACAAAGCGGAUACGCUGGGUAAUAAAUUCUUUGAGACUUGGCAGGCGGAAGUCAAGUCCUGUAAGGAUAAACCCAAAAAGGAACCAAGCAUCCUAAAGGUCAUAGUAAAGGUAUUCGGAUGGCAACUGUUCGUAUCGGGUAUCAUUUGCGGAUUUCUGGAGUUGGGAACGAGAGCCACUUUGCCACUUAUCCUGGGAGCUCUAAUAUCGGAAUUUACAAGCCAUGGAAAUGGAGAUGGUCUCUGGGCUCAAAUUUAUGGACUGACACUGAUUCUGACUACUCUUUUUUCGGUUCUAAUGUUCCAUCCCUUCAUGAUGGGUAUGAUGCAUUUGGCCAUGAAAAUGAGAGUGGCAGUGAGUACGGCUAUUUAUCGAAAAGCCCUACGUUUGAGUCGCACUGCCUUGGGAGAUACAACCACAGGUCAGGUGGUUAACCUUAUAUCCAACGAUCUGGGUCGCUUCGAUCGGGCCUUGAUACACUUUCACUUCCUGUGGCUGGGACCACUGGAGUUGCUCAUAUCCUUGUAUUUUCUAUACCAGCAAAUAGGAAUAGCUUCGCUUUAUGGAAUCGGAAUCUUAAUUCUAUAUCUGCCACUGCAGACAUUCAUGAGCCGACUCACCUCGAAGCUGAGACUGCAAACAGCCCUGAGAACUGAUCAGAGAGUUAGGAUGAUGAAUGAGAUUAUAUCGGGAAUCCAGGUGAUCAAAAUGUACACCUGGGAGAAGCCAUUUGCCAAGAUGAUCGAGAGAUUGCGACGCAGCGAAAUGAGUUCCAUUCGGAAGGUGAACUACAUUCGAGGAACUCUUCUGUCCUUUGAGAUUACUUUGGGAAGAAUUGCGAUAUUCGUAAGUCUUCUAGGAUUUGUCCUCAUGGGUGGAGAAUUGACUGCAGAAAGGGCUUUCUCCGUUACCGCUUUCUACAAUAUCUUGCGACGAACUGUGAGCAAAUUCUUCCCAAGUGGAAUGUCCCAGUUCGCCGAACUGAUGGUUACCCUGAGGAGAAUCAAAACUUUUAUGAUGAGAAAUGAAACUGAUAAUCAAAAAUCUGAAGUUGGACAAAAAAUUCAACUGUUUAAGGAGAAUCCUAUAGUGGAACUGCAAUCCUUUCGAGCCCGCUGGAAUGAAGAGCAUGUGGAUCCUGUUUUGGAUAAUAUAAAUAUCAGUCUUAAGCCUCCGCAAUUGGUGGCCGUCAUUGGACCCGUUGGAUCGGGUAAGUCCAGUCUGAUACAAGCCAUCUUGGGAGAACUUCCUGGUGAGUCUGGAAAGCUUAAAGUCCAGGGUAAAAUCUCCUAUGCUUCCCAAGAACCCUGGCUGUUCAAUGCCUCCGUUAGAGAUAAUAUUCUCUUUGGUUUACCCAUGGAUAAGCAUCGAUAUCGCAAUGUCGUAAAGAAAUGCGCCCUGGAAAGAGAUUUCGAACUGCUACAGGGAGACCGCACUUUUGUGGGUGAAAGGGGAGCCUCCCUGUCCGGUGGCCAAAGAGCCAGGAUUAGUCUAGCCAGGGCGGUUUAUCGCCAAGCGGAUACCUACCUCCUCGAUGACCCUUUGAGCGCUGUGGAUACCCAUGUAGGACGUCAUUUAUUCGAGGAGUGCAUGCGUGGCUAUCUAAGGGAUAAACUGGUGAUCCUGGUUACCCAUCAGCUGCAAUUCCUGGAGCAUGCCGAUCUUAUAGUGAUCAUGGAUAAGGGAAAGAUAACAGCUAUUGGUACGUAUGAGGAAAUGCUCAAAAGUGGUCAGGAUUUUGCGAAGCUUUUGGCUAAGGAGACUCAAGAGGAAAAGGAACUGUCGGAUCACGAGCAGGAUAAUGGAAGUGGCGAUGCCAAAGUGGAUAAAUCGAACUACUCCCGCCAAAGCAGUCGGUUAAGUAGAUCCAGCAUCACCUCAGCAGAUUCUGGUGCGGAUUCUGUAAUGGAAGUGGUAGAUGAAAGACAGCCCAUUCAGGAGACACGUUCCAAAGGUCAAAUCGGAUUGGGAAUGUAUGGAAAAUAUUUUUCUGCCGGUUCUGGGUGGUUUAUGGUUAUCCUCGUUGCAUUCUUCUGCCUGGGCACUCAAAUUCUGGCUUCUGGAGGAGAUUACUUCCUGUCCUACUGGGUAAAAAACACGGGGUCUUCAUCGUCGAUGGACAUUUACAUCUUUAGUGGAAUCAAUAUAGCCCUAGUGAUCUUCGCCCUGCUCCGAACAUUACUCUUCUUCAGCAUGGCAAUGCACUCAUCCACCCAGUUGCAUAAUACCAUGUUCCAAGGUGUUUCCCGCACUGCUCUAUACUUCUUCCAUGCCAAUCCCUCGGGGAGAAUCCUUAAUAGAUUCGCUAUGGAUCUGGGGCAAGUGGAUGAAAUCCUGCCUGCCGUGAUGCUGGAUUGCAUUCAAAUAUUCCUAACGAUCAGUGGAAUUAUUGGGGUUUUGUGCAUUACAAAUCCCUGGUAUUUGGUUAAUACCAUGACCAUGUUCCUGGCUUUUCAUUUCCUUCGUAAGUUCUAUCUGAGCACUUCGAGGGACGUGAAAAGAUUGGAAGCCGUCGCCAGGUCACCAAUGUAUUCGCAUUUCAGUGCCACUUUAAAUGGUCUUCCCACCAUCCGAGCAAUGGGUGCCCAGGAAUUGCUGACCAAAGAAUAUGAUAACUACCAGGAUCUCCACAGCUCUGGAUACUAUACUUUCCUCUCGACAAAUCGAGCUUUUGGUUACUAUCUCGAUCUGUUUUGUGUGGCCUAUGUUAUAUCGGUAACCCUGAUGAGCUACUUUAAUCCGCCGCUUGAUAAUCCUGGGCAGAUCGGCUUGGCUAUCACCCAAGCUAUGUCCAUGACUGGAACUGUACAGUGGGGCAUGCGACAAUCUGCUGAACUGGAGAAUUCCAUGACAUCUGUAGAACGAGUACUGGAAUACAGAAGCCUGGAAUCAGAAGGAGAAUUCGAAUCUCCGGCGGAUAAGAAGCCACCCAAAAAUUGGCCACGAGAGGGUCAGAUAAUAGCGGAAGAUCUGAGUCUGCGAUACAACCCUGAUCCGAAAACGGAUAAUGUGUUGAAGUCACUGGAUUUCGUUAUCCAGCCACGCGAGAAGAUUGGCAUUGUGGGCAGAACUGGCGCUGGAAAAUCAUCCCUUAUAAAUGCCCUCUUCAGACUUUCAUAUAACGAUGGAUCCAUGGUCAUAGAUAACAGGGAUAUAGGCGAAAUGGGACUACACGAUCUGCGCAGCAAAAUCUCCAUAAUACCCCAGGAGCCAGUGCUAUUUUCGGGCACAAUGCGCUAUAAUUUGGAUCCGUUCGAGCAGUAUACUGAUGAUAAGCUAUGGGAGGCUCUGGAAGAGGUUCAUCUCAAAGAGGAGGUAUCCGAGUUACCGAAGGGUCUUGAAAGUAUGAUCGCAGAAGGUGGAGCAAACUACAGUGUGGGUCAAAGGCAGUUGGUCUGUUUGGCCAGGGCAAUACUUCGGGAGAAUCGCAUCCUUGUAAUGGAUGAGGCCACGGCCAAUGUAGAUCCUCAAACGGACGCCCUUAUACAGUCCACCAUCCGGAAGAAGUUCAGGGAUUGCACCGUACUUACCAUAGCCCAUAGGUUAAACACGAUCAUUGAUUCGGAUAAGGUCAUGGUAUUGGAUGCCGGCAAUCUGGUUGAAUUCGGUUCACCCUAUGAACUUUUGACCCAAUCAUGGAGCAAAAUCUUUUACGGAAUGGUCCUGCAGACAGGGCGCUCCAGUUUCGAGCACCUCCUGAAAAUGGCACAUCAGGCCCAGGAGAGUAAAUUGCUGUCGGAAUAAGUGACGAAAAUAUUUACAAUCAAAUUCAUCGAAGAAACUUAAUGACUUUGUGAAACUUAAAUAUUAAUACUAGUGAUUGCUAUAUUUUAUUAGUUAUAAGGAAUGUAAUAUAUAUAUUAAAUUGUAUUCUUAAAAAAAAAAAACUCAUUAAACA